AGGUUUUUGUGUCCCUGCAAUCUUGAAACAGGAAUAUUGAAACGAAAUCAAGUGGAAUUUCGGCGAGUGGAAAGUAAAAACAAAGCGGGCGUCGCCGUCAUGGACACCUUCAAGACGGUUAUUCUGCUCGCCGUUUUUCUCACGAUCCCGCAAACCUUGCUGGCAUUUCCAUUGGAUGCCCCUGAACUCGCCGAUACCAUUUUUCGCGGCGACUUCUCCGAGCAGAGCAAACAGCAGAAUUUACCUUCGCCGAGAUUCCGGCCUCGAUUUUUCGACACAGAACAAGUUGACUCGACCGUGAUUGACCCACCCCGGACCAAAGUUGAACGAGAAGCUGUGCUUUUCGCCAACAACAACGACGAAGAAAGCAGGAAUAAGAAAUUCGGCAAAUUCAUGUCCCCCUUGACGCUGCUUUCGCGCAGACCAGAUUUCGCAGCAAAGGGACAAAAAAACAGCGAUAAAACAAUCAAGCAAUUGGUUGACGACGCAGAUUCUGCCGCUUCCUCACCAUUGGAAUCCCAAAAGCUCAACGCAAGAGCUCAAUUCACCCCGAUCCGGCUACGGACAAAACCCCUGAGACCCGCAACAGGAAUUUCAACAGAACCCGAAGAACCUGCACCCGUAGAAAAGCCGCGAAGGACCCAAUUAAAGCGAGGAAAAUCCGUGGUGGAAUCAACAACAUCAACAACAACUGCAGCACAACCAGGCGUUGCUCAAAAAGACCCAAAAAACGAAACCCGUCGUCGCGGGAACCCGUUGAGGUCAAGAAUCGCUGGCACAAGAGGGAAUCCCGGAGCUAACAAGGAUUCAAAAAGCCAAAAUAAUAAUAAUAAUAAUGACGGCAACAGCGACGAAAGCUCAGUCAAUAUCCACGUCGAAAAAGCACCCCGUGAAGAUGAAAGUGCCAAGAAAGACGAAGCCGACCAUGACUCGCAGUUUGGCGAAAAGGUUCGCGGAUGAAGACAUUCGUGCAAAUGACUCAAUGCACACAAAGUACACCAUUUCUUUUGCUGUUGCGAAAUGCAAAUUACCAGAGUUCGCCUCGUUACCCUCCAAAAACCUUUCCAUAUUCGGUUUUUUUGAAAAAAAAAAAGAGGGGAGCAACCUUUGCAAAAAGGAGAACA